CUGCUAUCCAACACAAUGAGGGAGGAUGACAUACCAUGUUGUGAACCAAAGUUUUGGGUGUAUCUAACGCUAUGUUUGGUCCUUGUCACAUUUGCUGGUCUUACAUCUGGUCUUAGUCUCGGUCUCUUCUCAUAUAGUCAAGUUGAUCUUGAAGUCCUCAUGAAAGCCGGUUUGCCUCAUGAGAAGAAAAAUGCUGCAAGGAUUUUGCCUAUCGUUAAGAACGAAUAUUUGCACUUGUGUACCCUUCUCAUUGCAAAAUCACUUGCUCUCGAGGCGCUCCCAAUUUUCCUGGAUCAAAUCCUUCCUUUCUGGGCUGCUAUUAUUGUGUCCGUCACGUUCGUACUAGCCUUCACUGAGGUUAUUCCUCAAGCUGUCUGCUCGCGACAUGGAUUAAGUUUAAGUGCAAAAUUUGUUUUCUUCGUCCGGUUCCUCUUGCUGGUUGUAUUUCCUGUGUCAUACCCAGUCAGCAAGUUGCUGGAUUGGCUCCUUGGGAAGGGCCAUGCUGCACUCCUAAGGCGAGCACAGCUAAAGACGUUGGUGGAUUUGCUGUCAGUGAAGGCAGGGAAAGGCGGAGAGCUGACUGAUGACGAAACUACCAUCAUUAAUGGAGCUUUGGACAUGACUGAAAAGACUGCUAAAGAUGCAAUGACACCCAUAUCUAAAACUUUUUCCCUUGAUAUAAAUUCGAUCCUUGACAUGCAUACAAUGGGACUAAUAAUGAGCAAGGGACAUAGCCGGAUUCCAAUUCAUUCAGAUGAUCACAAAAAUGUUAUCGGCCUUGUUUUGGUGAAAAACCUGAUAUUCUGCAAUCCUGAAGAUAAAGUUCCACUGAGAAGUAUAAAUUUAAGGAGAAUUCCCAGGGUUUAUGACGAUUGGCCUUUGUAUGAUGUGCUGAAAUUAUUUCAAAAGGGUCACAGCCACAUGGCUGUUGUUGUCAAGUCUCAGAGAGAUGGAAAAGAAACAGAAGAACAGACCAAAGAGUCGCCUAAGUUUAUGAGAAUGCAAAUAGAUUCAAACUCGGAACCUGCGGCAACAGAUGUUAAAGGAACUAAUCAUUUAUUUGGUCAAGUGGACCUCUCCAUUACCUCGGCAUAUUGUAGUGAUAAUGAGGCUGGAAUUCUUGUUGUUGAGAAUACAAGGAAACAAGAGGAUGUGUUUCAGGCAUCUAAUAAAUGGGAGGAAGAUAGUUUGGAAACUCUCAAAACUAAAUAUCUAGAUGAGGAAGUAAUUGGCAUUAUAACUAUGGGGGAUGUGAUGGAGGAACUCCUCCAGGAAGAAAUUUUGGACGAAACUGAUUUGAAUGUCCAUAACAAAAUGAGUUCUCUACCUUGGAAGAGAGCACCUUCGUCUCCUACAACAGCUUCAGUCACUCGAAUUCAAUGGAGAACUCCAGCUUCAUCUCCUUUUUCUUCAUAUUAUAACACUCCCGUGCUGCGCUCACCAGUCUUACCAUAUGUUCCAUCUCCAGUUGUAAGACCUGUACUAUAUGCUUCUCCGGGAAGAUCGAUUUCGGGUUCUCCUUCACAAUCAGGUUCUUUGUUCCCCGUUCGCAGCUCACCAUCUUCCCAGCAGGUGUCAAGAAACUCAUACGAGAGGUUAAGGCCUGCAGGGAAUUUUUCAUAAACCCUCCAGGUCUCUGCGGGCACAUCAGUUACUAUUAGUUAUUACCAGCCUACGGCCUACUAAUUCUGGGGAAAGAUAUUGCUACGGCUGAUCUAAAUCUUGGUUCAGAUAUUAUAAUUCUGAAGGACGAAGCAUGUUUCAAGAUUAAGCCAAAAUUGGAAUCCAAUUGGACCAUGCAGUUAUAAGUUAUUUAUGUCCAUAGACCCUAAUUUUGCUGCUUGCGAGUUGAAGGCAGGAGAUCAAAAGAGACCUAAAAUUUUACUAUCUUCGUGUAUUUCUGUUUAGACUAAUUAGGGAUGGUCCAUGAGCUAAUGCCGACAAAAUUUGACAAAAAUAUCUUCCCAUUACAGAUACUAAUAACCUCAAACGAAAGCGUGAAAUGACUGACUGCAUAUGAAACUGAAAAGAAUAUUUAAGGCAACAAACGCUACCGACAAGCCGACUAGGACAAAAGCAUUGCCUCUCAUUCAU